GAGCGGCGCGGCCGGAGCGCACGGCGGGAGCGCAGCGGAGCGGCCGGGCCGCCCUGCGAGGAGGGAGCAGCGGGAGCUCACCAUGGCCCUGGCAGAGCCCGCGAGCUGUGCCAAAGGCGGCGAGGACAGCAGCCCCUUCCCCGAGAUCAUCGAGCUGAACGUGGGCGGGCAGGUGUACAUCACCCGGCUGCCCACGCUGCUCAGCGUGCCCGGCUCCCGCCUCUGGCAGAUGUUCACGCAGCAGAGCACGCGCUCGCUGGCCCGCGACAGCAAGGGCCGCUUCUUCGUGGACCGGGACGGGUUCCUGUUCCGCUACAUCCUGGAUUACAUGAGGGACCAGCAGCUGGUGCUGCCCGAGCACUUCCCGGAGCGCGGCCGCCUGCAGCGCGAGGCCGAGUACUUCAUGCUGCCCGAGCUGGCGAAGCUGCUGGUGCCCAAGCUCAGCGAGCAGAACUCGCUGGGGGACGAUCCGUGCCAGAGCGACCCCGAGGAGCCGUCCCCGGGCGCGGAGGCCGCGCGCAGCCUGGGCUCGGCCGCUGCCGCCGCUCUGCCCGGCGCGGGCACCGAGGGCCGCAGGGCAGGGUUCAUCACCAUCGGCUACCGCGGCUCCUACACGCUGGGCAGGGACAGCCAGACGGACGCCAAGUUCCGCAGGGUGGCCCGGAUCAUGGUGUGCGGCAAGACCUCGCUGGCCAAGGAGGUCUUUGGGGACACCUUGAACGAGAGCAGGGACCCGGACAGGCCCCCGGAGAGGUACACGUCCAGGUACUACCUCAAAUUCACCUUCCUGGAGCAAGCCUUUGACAAACUGGCCGAUGCCGGCUUCCACAUGGUGGCCUGCAACUCCACGGGCACCUGUGCCUUCGCCCACGAGCAGACGGACGACAGGAUCUGGACCUCUUACACCGAAUAUGUUUUCUAUCGUGAGUGACACAAAACCAACCCUCCGCCAACCAGCUGCUGACUGUCCCUUCCCCGUCCCGUGCUGGCUGUGGCCUAGAAGGUAGAGAUCGACCCAUCCCCGAAUCCCGGCGUCCUCCCUUUGCCUCCUUUUCAGUUGCUUCUUGGGUUUUUUCCCCUCCUCCUUGCUCCACGUUGAACCUGCCCGGCUCUUCCUUGUAGCAGCUGCUGACCACCAACCUUCCUCCCUCUCCGUGACCUCUGCAGUCGCUCCCAACCCUCCCUGGAUGUGCGGACUCGGACACUGCUGUGGACGUGGGCUGGGUGGGAGGGGUGGGACACACUGGACACUGCUCUGGGCUGGCAUUCCUGCAGCUUGGACACUGGACCGGGCUCUGUGUCCUGUGCAGCUCCACGGGCUCCUGCUGCACUCACUGGGUGCUCGGAGAGGAAUCCUUGGGAUAAAGACAUGGGAAAGGUCCUGUUGUGCGAGGCCAACUCUCCAGGCAGCUCUCCAGGCACUGCAGCCUCCCAGGAAGCUCCUGGCUCAGCCUUCCCGUUCCCGAGCCUUCAGAACCAGAGCAGAACCCCAAAAAACCCAUGUCCUCCUCCGAGCCCAUCCUGGACAUCAAGGGAGACACAGCAGAAGCACUUCCAGAGAACCUGGGAGGAACAGGGCAGCAGAGCUCCUGCCCACCACGGGACACUGCAGGGAGUGGACAAUCCCUGGAACACACGGAGCCAACGCCAGCAGCCCCCAAGGACGCUGCGGAGCCGAGGGAGAGCCCCGGGAGGAGGCAGGAGCCGCCUGAGCCCGGGAAUGCCGCGGGAUCCG